AAAAUUAGGACGUAAAAGGCUUUAUGGCUUUCUCCUUGUUCUUUGACUUAGAUUAUUCGCUCUGGGAGAAGCCAGCUGUCGUGUCAUAAGGAUACUCAAGCUGCACUAUGCAAUGUCCACAUGGCAAAAACUCAGUCCUCCUGCCAACAGGAAGCCCAAGAACUUGGGCUAUCUGAGCACAGUCAGCCUUAAGAUGACUGUAGUUCGGGGCUGGCCUUCAAGUGUCAGCAACGCAAGAUGGCAGCCACCAUGGGCUCGGGAGUAAAAGUCUCUCGCAAUUUCUGACUGUUGGAAGAACUCAAAGAAGGCCAGAAAGGAGUAGGAGAUGGCACAGUUAGCUGAGGUCUAGAAGAUGAUGAAGACAUGACACAAGAUGGGCAGGGAUGAUAACUGGGCCUCCAAGAACAAUUUUUGAAAACCAAAUAUACAGCCUUAAAAUAGAAUGUGGACCUAAAUACCCACUAGCACCCCCCUUUGUAAGAUUUGUAACAAAAAUUAAUAUAAAUGGAGUUAAUAGUUCUAAUGGAGUGGUGGACCUAAGAGCCAUAUCAGUGCUAGCAAAAUGGCAGAAUUCAUAUAGCAUCAAAGUUGUCCUGCAAGAGCUUCAGCACCUAUUGAUGUCUAAAGGAAAUAUGAAACUCCCUCAGCCACCGGAAGGACAGUGUUACAGCAAUUAAUCAAAAAGAAAAACCACAGGCCCUUCCGCUUCCCCCCGCCCCAUUCGAUUUAAGCAGUCUUCAUUUUCCACAGUAGUAAAUUUUCUAGAUACAUCGUGUAGACCUCAAAGUACUGGAAAGGAAGCUCCAAUUCAAAGGAAAUUUAUCUUAAGAUACUGUAAAUGAUAUUAAUUGUUUGUCCAUUUGAAAUAUAUAAGUUUUGCUAUAACAAAUCAUCCUAUCAAGUGUAACCACUGUCCACGUAGUUGAACUUCUGGAAUCGAGAAAUUCUAAUUAAAUUGAUUCCCAUCAUAACUAGUGGGGCACAUCUAACUCAACUGUGAAAAGAAACAUCACACAAUCACCUUGCUGAUUACAUGGCCUGGGGGUCUCUGCCUUCUCCCCUUACCCUCCUGCCUCCCACCCUCCCUGCAACAGCCCUGUAGCUUGGCUUGUUAGAGUGGAUGUGAAGGUUUCAGGUUGCAGCCUGUGGGACUACUGCUGGGUGUGUGGGGUGCUUUGCCUGCACCCCUGGUUUCUUUAAGUCUUAAAUGAUGCCCCUUCCAAUCCAUCAUCCUGUCCCCACACUCCACCACUCCUGCCUUUGGCAGAAGCAUAGAUUGUAACCCCUCUGCUCCCCUCUGAGAUUGGCCUUUGGUAAGGAAUCCAGGGCUUUCCCCGUAUCUUCUCUCCCCAACCUUUAUUGAGGGAUGCUGCUUUUUCUUCCCUCCUCCUCAAGUUGCUUUCUGCACCAUCACCACUCAGUACCUUCCAUGACACUUCCUUGCUUUGGCCAGAAGCCAUCAGGUAAGGUUAGAAAGUCUCUAACCUCCCUUGUUUAGUUUUGGAACCAUACUUAUUCACUCUCCAUCAGCCUGGGAAAUGAAUAUUGGGUUUUCAGCCCUGCCACCCUCUGCUGUCAUCAGCUGAUGCAUUUUUAGCUCAGGUUUUGAUAAGGUGAAAAGGAAAGUCACCAGGGUUACUCAGACCUGCCAGCUCUCGGAGUCCUUGGUGGUUGAAAUUGGAGAAAGACCACAAGAAGACACUUGUAAGCACACAUGAUCCCUCUGAAUCGUUUUACUUUCCUGUAAUUGCUUUUGCUUUUAAAAACUGAAGAAGUUUUAAACAGGGCUUUCAUUUGGUCAUCCUUGCAAUCCAUUGAGGUCUAGUUUGGAAUCUGACAACUGGAACAAAAAGAACCUUGAAUCCAGUGCAUGCCUUGGUUUUGGUGCUGCUGCUGCUUCUCAAGAUCCUCAGCAGGGAUUAAGAAAGAACCCAAUGUGCAUAGCAGAUCCCUGAAAUUGGCGGGCUUGACCUCCUGGGAAAUUGGUGCAUCUUUCCACUUUCUGUUCAGGACCACUAAAUGCUGAAAUGUGGAUGCAUACCGAAAUAAAAGUAAUUCAUUGUGUAAAAAAAUAAAAUAACUCUAGUUCAGGAUGACAUCUUGACUGCAACCUCAUGAGAGACCCUGAGCCAGAACCCCCUAGGUAAGCUGCUCCUAAAUUCCUGAACCACAGCAGAAAUUAUGAGAUAAUAUUUAGUGCUUUAAUCUACCAGAUUUUGAAGUAAUUCUCUCUCUCUCUCU